AUGGUUGAAAUGGAGAAUAACGGUGACGCUUCUGCCGCUAUCGUCUCUGCUUCUCAAAGUUCUUCUCCUCCACCACAGCUUUCACCGCGCGUGGUGCUCAGCCCAUGUGCCGCUUGCAAAAUCCUGCGGCGGCGUUGCGGAGAGAAAUGCGUUUUGGCACCCUACUUCCCUCCAACGGACCCUGCAAAGUUCACCAUCGCACACCGCGUUUUUGGAGCCAGCAACAUCAUCAAGUUGUUGCAGGAACUUCCAGAAUCACAGAGAAUUGAUGCUGUGAACAGUAUGGUUUAUGAAGCCGGAGCUAGGACUAGAGAUCCGGUGUAUGGAUGUGCGGGUGCCAUAUACCAUCUACAAAGACAAGUGAGCGAACUCCAAGCACAGCUUGCAAAAGCUCAAGUUGAGAUGGUGAAUAUCCAACUUCAAAGAUCAAAGUUACUAGAAUUAAUCUAUAGCCUGGACCAAACAAACCAAGAACAAGAUAAUAUGUCAUUCGAGAGCAAUGAUUUUGGAUACCUUGAAGACAACGCCAACACCAACUCAUCAACGUUGUGGUGGGAUCCUCUUUGGACAUGA